AUGACUCUAACACCGUACAAGGGGAUCGGAGAUCCUAAAGUACAUGUUACCAAAUUUGAAUCCAUGAUGUUUCUUAACAGCGACUCCGAUCCCAUCUUAUGUUGGUCUUUCCCAACCUUUUUGGAUAGGGCUGCUCUAUUGUGGUUUUCUAACUUGCCUGCAGGUUCCAUAACCAGCUUCGAUGAGUUCGCCAAGCUAUUCAUAAAUUACUUUGCAGCUUCCAAAAUUUAUGUGCAAGAUUUGGACUACCUAAGCACGAUUAAACAAGGACAACACAAGAGCCUGAAGGACUACAUGACGCGUUUCACCACGGCAGCCAUGGAAAUCCCCGACCUCAAACCAGAAGUACAAUUGCAUGCAAUCAAAAGCAAAUUUCGACCAAAAAAAUUCCAGGAAGCCAUAGCUGUUGCAAAAUCAAAAACACUGGAAGAGUUUAACACCAGGAGGGACGACAUCAUUAAAGAGAUCUUUCACAACAAAUUGAUAAAACCUCCGAGCAAACCAGGGACAUACCAAGAUCAGAAAUAUGUUAAGAAAAGAAAACACUGCGCGUUCCAUGAAAAGUUCGGUCAUACUACCGACGAGUGCGUCGUAGCCAAGGACUUAUUGGAAAGGCUGGCGAGACAAGGGCUCUUGGAUAAGUAUGUCACUUCCAAGAACUAA